AUGCUAGGCCUAGCACCACCUAGCCCACUGGAUGGCUGCUGGGGGCUGAGGCGGAGCUCAGAGGAGGCGGCGGCAGAGGAGCCCAGGGAACGGAAGCGGAGCCCGAGGGCGGCGGGUGACAUAGCCCGGGGCAAAUCAAUAACCUAUGAAGAAGUGGAUGUUAAUUUCACUCCAGAAGAGUGGGCUUUGCUAGAUCCUUCCCAGAAGAGUCUCUACAAAGAUGUCAUGCUGGAUACCUACAAACACCUUACAGCUAUAGGCAUAAAAGGACACAUACUGGAGAGAAACCCUUUGAAUGUAAUCAAUGUGGUAAAGCCUUUGCAGAUCGCAGUAACUGCCAGAGCCAUAAAAGAAUUCAUAGUGGAGAGAAACCCUAUGAAUGUCAUCAAUGUGGUAAAGCCUUUUCACAACUCAGUAGUCUCCAAAAGCAUAAAA